AUGGUACUGGGAGAUGAUCAUGAGUUUUCACUUGCUGUUGAUGGGAUAGAGAUCAACCGAUGGGAUGAUAUUGAUUUACUGGGUGUUAACAACUCUAAGUAUACAUUUGAUAAACACGUUACAAAUUUGUGCAGUAAAGUAAAUUUACAACUUCAAGUUAUAAAAAGAUUUAGAGAGUUGAUAACAGGACAAAUUAGGUUAAAGCUCUAUAAUGCAUUUAUACAACCCUUUUUUUGUUAUUGUAGCGAUGUGUCGCUUUUUUAUUGCAGUUAAAUACGCAGAUACUUAGCGUAAUUUUAAACGAUUCAUCCAGCAGUUAUGAGGAUCUACUUACAAAACUUGAUAUGACCACCCCAGAGGCAGGACGGGUGCAAAGCAUUAUGUUGACAUUGUACAAAUGUUUACAGGGAAUGGCCCCGCCUUACCUUCGAGCUUGCAUUCAAGAGCGGCGUGUAUGAGAUUAUAAUUUGAGAGGCUAAGACAAGCUGGAAAUACCGCAUGUUAAGACUACCACCUCUGGUUUGCGAUCAUUUAAAUACUUUGCUGCUCAUGCCUGGAAUAACCUGGCCGAUAAUAUCAGAAUGUCCGAAACGCUUGCCACUUUUAAACGCAAUAUCGUAGAUUAUGUUUAUUAAGAGUUUUUGUUGUUUUUUCCUUUCCCUCGAGAAUGUCGAAUUGUAGAUCUUAAUGAUAUUUUGUUAUGUAAAUUCUUGUAUCAGUGUAUCAGUGUAGCUAAAAUAUAAGUUAAGCCGUUAUGUCCUUUAUUAGCUUUGGAUCUUUUCGGUUUUUAUAUCAUGUAGAUCGGAGAUACUAACACUAUGUGCUACUCUACAUCACAAAUAAAAUAAAGUUAUGUACGUAUGUAUGUUUGUAUGUAUGUAUGUAGGUGUACCAAGCACAGUGUGAAAGGUUGAAGGAAAAUCCUCUUUUACCAAACACCAGUGUUAUCUUCAAGUCGGAUCCCUACUUUGACAAGAGAGAUCGGUUGCUACAGGUAAGAGGAAGAUUGCAGUACUUGGACCUACCUGAGGGUAUGAAACAUCCAAUUAUCUUACCGUAUGGGGCAUCCAGCGGUUAA